ACGUAGUUGUAGUAACAGCUGAGCGAGGGGUGUUGGACGUGAGCCAGACGUCCCAUCUCCUGCUGGACUUUGGAACUGUUGUGACCACACGCCACUGAUAAUCCCCACACGACCUCCCUCACACGGGACGUGAACGGUGUUACAAGAUGGCUUUAUCAGCCCUCGUUGUGCUCCGGCAGGGACUAAGGUUUGGAAGAAUUAUUAAAGCAAGUAAUGUGACAAUGGUUGCCCAGAUAAGAACACUACAAGAUGACCAGUCAAUUUUGCCUCGUCUUCCUGUUCCUCCACUUGAAGACACACUCAACAAAUAUUUAAGAACAGUGAAACCUCUCGUAACAAAUGAAGAAUUCCAAAUUACGGAGGAUAUUGUGAAGAAGUUUAGUGCACCAGAGGGAGUUGGAGUUCAGUUACAAAAGAAGCUGUUGGAAAGAGCAAGAACAACUGAAAACUGGCUUUCCGAUUGGUGGAUAAAUGCAGCAUAUCUAGACUGCCGGGGACCAGUAGUGGUCUGGUCAUCUCCUGGGUUGGUCUUCCCUCUUCAGGAAUUCAAAACAUUGGAUGAUCAACUCAGUUUUGCAGCAAAAGUUAUUGCUGGAACUCUUGACUACAAAACAAUGGUAGAUCAGAAAGCUGUACCAGUGGAUCGCAUGGGAAACACCAUCUUAGACAUGUCACAGUACUUCAAGAUUCUUGGUACUUGCCGCAUUCCUGGAGUAACAAGAGAUACGAUUCGGUUCUAUGGGCAGGAGCCAAAUCCCCCAAAACAUAUAGCAGUAGCCCAUAAUAAUCAUUUCUUCAAAAUUGAUGUGUAUGGGCGAGAUGGGAAACCUCUGAAUGUAAAGCAGUUGGUCCAACAGCUGCGUAAUGUUGUAGAACGGUCCACACAUCCAACUGUUCCAGUUGGUAUUCUCACCACACAGAAUCGCAAUGUGUGGGGUAAAGCAUAUAAACAGCUAAGGAAAGACAAGAUAAACAGAGCCUCCAUUGAAGAGAUACAGCGGUGCAUUUUUCUGGUGGCAUUAGAUGGCCCUAUUUUCAAUCCUUCUGGUAAUGUUAUGACUGAUGCAGCCUUGAAUUGUGUACAUGGAAAUGGUCCUCAAGGGUAUGCAGGCAACAGGUGGUAUGAUAAAACCAUUCAGUUCAUCGUUGGCAAGAAGGGAGAAGUUGGUUUGACGUAUGAACAUACUCCAGCAGAAGGACCUCCAAUUGCUAAUCUCAUGGAUCAUAUCAUGGACUUCAUGUUCCUGCUCGUUGUGAUGCCUUCAUGUGUUUUGGACCAUUGGUGCCAGAUGGUUAUGGCUGUUGCUACAACCCUAGGGAGGAUGCAGUUUUCUUUGGCACAUCAGCUUUUAAUUCUUCACCUGAAACAGAUUCGGCCACAUUCCGUAAUGCUCUUGAACAGAGUCUUAUGGAUAUGCAAACUGUAUUAUUGCAAGAAGGACUGAAAGCCAAACUUUAAAUAUAAUUGUAAAAAAAAAAUAUUUUUUUUCCAGCUUGUGAACAUGAGUUUCCAUGUUUAAAGGUCUCUUUGUUCAUUUAAUAAAUUUGUUAAUGGCUUUGUGAGUAUAAUUUAUAUUACAAAAAUGUUUAUGUAAAAUUUUAUUUUCUUAGACUUUAUAAUCUAAUCAAACCUUUAGCACAUUUGUUAUAAAAUGAAACUAUAGAUAAAGUAGGCCAUGUUGUAAACAUUUCCCUACUUGUAGCAUGUAUGCCUUGAAAUGCAUUACCAGCCAAUAUGGGUAUUAAAUACUCUUCUUUGAGCAGUACAACCAGACUACAACUACCCUUUUCUCUGCUGCCAAACCAAGUACAUUACUGGGGAAAAUUUAUAAUGGGAACAGCAUAUGCAAAGAAAUAUAUAUAUAUAUAUAUAUAUAUAUAUAUAUAUAUAUAUAUAUUAAUAAAGCUGGACAGUACUUUAUACUUAGUUUAGAUUAGUUAUACAAGUAGAGAAACUUAAGAAUAAAGGUAACUAGAGAAGGUCUAUUGAUCCAUACAAUAAUUCAUUGGUUGAACUCAUUGUAUAACUGGCCAAGGCUUGUAGAUGCAGUUAAUUUUAAUUGGAAUAUAUCCAUGGGAUUCAUUUUGAAAAUACAAUAAUGUGCUGCUAAUGUUUCCUUCUCGUUCUUUUGAUUAUUACUUUAAAUCAAAUUUAUAUUGGAAUGUUUAAGGGUAGAAUCACCUCUCAAGAUAGCACAAAAGGAAAAUAUCUGCCUACUUGAAAAAAAAUGUAUACAAAUAAAUUUAGUUGUCUAGAGUGAUUUGCUCAAUAUUUGGAACACUUACUUCUGGGUACAGUAU